UUCCCCGCAAUGACAUCACGAAAGCCAUCGCAGCAUUUAGUCAUUUUCUGUGAUGGCACAUGGUGCGGGCGCGAAACGGGAACGCGGAGUAACAUCCGCAUUCUUGCGGACCUUCUCGGAGUCAUCGACUUCUCUGUAAACCCGCCUGGGAAGCCUGCUCUCGUACAUCCUAUCAUAACACCACAAACAAACGUUAUUGCCGGCUAUCAGGAAGGCGUGGGUCUCAACAAGUCAUUUCUCGAAUACCUAUGGGACGGUGCCACGGCUUCGACCAUCGGGGAUGAAUGCACGGCUGUGUACAAAUUCAUCGUGGACAAUUACACGGACGACCAUGAUAUCUGGAUGUUUGGGUUCAGUCGGGGUGCAUUCACUAUUCGAUGCGUGGCUGGCAUGAUAAACAACUGUGGUAUCAUAAUGAAGCUCCCAGACCUCAGCGACAACGAAGUUUAUACCCUUUGCAGUGGAGUAUACAGUACUUACCGAAGCCCUCUUGAAAUCGACAAACCGAAUUCCACCCGUUGCCGUAGGCUCCGUGAGGACAAGAACAGGGUCUGGUAUCCAGCAAGACCCAUCCGUGCCAUGAUCCUUCUUGACACUGUGGGGUCUCUUGGGAUCCCUAGACUGAACGCUGGUGUUGGCUUUGACUGGCCUGAAUUUUAUGACCAAAGGGUUUCUUCUGUGGUGCAGGAAGUUUAUCAUGCUCCGUCUCUCCAUGACCGACUUUGGAUGUUCCAACCUUGCCUAGCUUUCACCGGCCCUGGAAAGGAAAAGGCAUCGAUUCAUCAAACAUGGUUUCCUGGGUGCCACUAUGAUGUCGGUCGCCAGAAUUUCAGAUUCAUUCGAGGCAAACCCAGGAACUGGCUAGAGCGCUGGCUAGGCACCGUGCCGCGGGAGUUGAGUAAGACAAUAUACGCUAACGAAAUCCUGAGCGAUGUGACACUGCGGUGGAUGUUGGAGGCAGUUCUGAAAACACAUAAAAAGGACGGGUCGCUCCCCAUUUUCCCACGGCUAGAGGACAACAUUGAUGACAUCAACCAACGCAUAGCUGAUCCUGCUUUGGCUGAAUCUGACCAUCCCACUGGAAGCGGGGACAUAUACGGCGAUCUUCUUGAUUAUGCGCCUGCUGGUCUGGUAUGGCGAGCACUGGCUCGUGUUGGCGCUGUGUUCAUUCGCCUCCUCAAUCAGGUCGUCCCAGGCCUGGGGGAUAAUAUCUUGGACUUACUCGGUAUCAAGACCAUCAUCAAGAUCCUCACUGCGACUAGGGAUCGCAGGAUUCCCGGCAACAUGGCGAAUGUCUACCCAUACAAAAGCCUGGAGAAUGUUCUUGUUAGAAACACGAGAGAUGUGACAUUCACCGUGGAGGACGCAGCCGGGUUAAGGGAGCUCAACGAAGAUGGAAAAGUCAGAUACCCAAGCCAGACGUAUGAGAGUUUCGUCCUCUGGAAGCGUGUCUUCAGCGCGUGA